CAGCUUCUGACGGUAGACGACGACCCCAGUGGACAGCAGCCUCACUUGACAUACUUCCCCACCAGUGCAGGCACUGACCACUAUUACGUCAUGAGGGCAACACGCGCUGCAAGAGGUUAGCAACGGUGGCGAGCACGCCAGCGGACGUGAAGAGUUAUGUAACCUGUCCGCGCGCAUGAGGCGCAGCCGGCGCGGCGUGCGGGUCACGUGGUCGCUUGAACUCGGAUGACCUGAAAACUGGAGAGGCCAACCGCCAUGAUUGUUGUGCUGGGAGGCGACAGGCAGACGAGAAGAAACUAUGGAGGAAAGGGAUGAAACUUGCAAGGAACAAGAGAUGUGCAUUGUUAUUGUUCAUUGUUGUAACAGCUGCACACAUUCCCUGCCCUCGUCCAGGCGACCGGGAUGCACUGACCAGCAUGGUGCGACCUCUACAGCAAGGGAAAUCAUUCAUCACACAAUGGCAAGGAACGAAGAAAAACAGCUCGCCAGACUAAAUAGAUUUUAUCUUGAAAAACAAAGGCAAGAGAACCUCAAGAAAAGACCACCAAGACCAAGACUUGAUUCACUGACUACGGGCAGAGAAAUACGGAAAUGGCUGCCAAGUAUCACUCAAGAUAUAGACUUUUAUGUAAAGCAGAUGGAGGUGCCAUGCUACCCAGAGAAAAAACUUGAAGAGUUUAGUAAGCGGAUCAGAGAAUUGAAGCAUGAAUACACUGCAUUUCUUCGUAAAUUGAAGACAUUGGAGCCAGACACAGAUAACAUAUCUUGGAAUAAUCGCCCAUAUUCUUGUCGCAAGCGAUGUUUGACUGAAAAAGAUAGUGAGGAUCAAGACAAUGAGGAGAAACAGACCUUAAAGAUAAGCAGUUUGAGUGAUUUUGUGCCUAUAGCUACCCCAGUUCUACAUCAAGCUAAUAUCAGGGAUAAUGUCUAUGGAUUUCCACAUCAGGCACCUAUUUUGUGGAAUGCUAACCCUGAGACAGAGGAUCAGCCACUUGAUUUUAAGCCCAGACUGCCGAUAACUGACAAGUCACAACACCAUGAGCCAUGUAGCUGUAGAGAUACAAUUAAUAUUUUGGAUGAUGUGAAGGAUGGUUUGACAAAUGCCAACAAACCAGCAGAUAUUCCAAAUGAAACAAGAACAGUUCUAGCUUUUUGUACCUCGUGUAAAAAAAGUGAUUGUCAUACUGUUUGUAGACAUUCUGGUGUUCCUCCUUCUUUUAAAUCUGAAGUUCUAUGCUCUCAGGAGAAAAUUAAUGCAAAAGCAGGUACAUCUUCUAUCUGGAUCACAGAAACAAAUAAAGGUGGGGAGGAUGUUAUUGCUAAGAGUGGAAAAGCCCACAUAUAUUCUUUGCAAGAUGCACUGCCUGCAAAGACUAACCCUCUAAAUCUAGAUUAUUCAGAUUCAUCUUCCAGUGAUGAAAUUUGAUGCUAACUUUUGGUGCCUUCAGUUAAGGAGGUGGUGAUAUUGGUGCUGUACAUCAUGAACAUUUUUUUUUACUCUAUGGGGAGGGGAAUAACAAGUCUCAUAGGCUAGUUGUGUUGCUCUAAGUGCAGCAAACAUAGGUAGUUCAUCAUUUCUUGUGCAUGGCAUAUUGCAGGCAGACACCAGUCUUCUGCAACCUCUUACAAUCCCUGAUAAAUUAAGUGAUGGAUGACUGGUCUGUUGCUACGGGUCAUUCUUAAGCAACAGACUCAACAGGUCUCCUCUCAGCAAACUUCUACCGUGCAGUUAAUCACACUAACCACCACGCAACAGAGGAGGGAAAUUUAUUUGUGUGCCAACCUAAAUGACAGAUUGAUCAUGCUGGUUGCUGGAGCUGUGUUUUGCUCGUGGAAGGUCUGUUUCCACUUUUUGCAUUAUGUACGUUUUGUAACUCUACGACAAUAAGCCAACCUUGAGCUCUACAAAAGACCCUACAUCAACUUCACACAGUGCCUGGUGCUGCCGCUGCUGCUUCUGCAUUCUAGAGAGUAUACUGUCAGAUUUCCAAUUUUGUCAUUAGUGUGAAAUGAGGCCUACUGCAACAUAGUUGUUUAUCAGGGAAGGUAAAUGCAGCAGAAGGAGAGUGUUGGGCCAUACCUUCCACAUAGUGCCUGAUUGUAUUUGUGGCUCCUAGGCCAGUUUACCUCUGUGUUAAGAUGCCAUCAGAAACAGUAACAAAAACGCUAUUGUUUUUCUUGUUGCUCUUUUUCAGUGCUGUAUGUUGUAAAAUUUCAGGAAAAACCGUGAUUGUUUCUUUGAAGGAGCACAUCACAAUGAACCUGGUAAUAAAGAGCAAGCAACAAUACUCCCAGAACUGUAUGAAUGGUGUUUAUUCUGAUGAUUGUAAGUUAGAAGAAUAUUGCAAGUAAUUCAUCAGACAAGUAGGGAAAUUACAUUUUGCAUAGUAUAUUACACCUCUCUAGUAUUAAAAGUCAGGUGCAAGUAUUCAAGAUAUACACAGAAAGUAAACAAAUAUAUUUAAAAAAACUUAUGCCAGAUUCAUUAUCAGUCUAGAAAAUAUUGAUGCUUCUAACAUGUUUUACAAGGAACUUUACCCAUGCUUACAGGCAGUGAUUUUAAAAAAAGCUGUACAUAAAAAAAUACAGCUACUGCAAUUGUGGAUCUUAAAAGUUAAAUAAAAAUCUUCAUCUACAAUCAUUGCAAAAUAUAGAGAUGCACGCAUCAUAUGUUUACUGCUGAUUGUAUUGUCUUCUGAUCCUGACAAGCACUUUUCUGUGUUACGUGCUCAUAUGAAAAAUGGUAAAGGUAUAGUCUCGUGACCUUAUUCUCUUAGGAAAGUGAGGUGUUUGAGCCAUUACUUGUCUUAGAGCCAACUUUUGAAAGAGCUGUGCCCAUCUUCUCUAUCUCACUGCCUUAUCUUCCCCAGCCCUCUACAUUUAGUUACCCACUACACUAUUAACUUGGGAAAGUAGGCUGCAUCACAGGGGUGUGAAACCCACAAGUGUGUGUCUUCAGGUUCAGAUGCUGUGGUGUAAGCACCAGGCUCUCUGCUCCCCUCUUGUGUCCUAUUUAUGUGUAUAAAAAUGAGAACAGUAGUUAUCUAAUAUUGUUUUUGCCUCAUGCACAAUAUUUGCAUGGAUCAACUUGAACAUGCAAAAUUGAAAUACGACAUUUUAUAUUAUACUGCUACCUAUUGGAAUGUUUCCUCUAUUUUUAGUCCAUACGUGACUGUUUAGAGAUUGAGUAGAAGUGUUCUUAAUUUGGCAGUAUUGUUUGGCACUACCUUUGCUAUGAAAGUACAUUUUUUCCAAAGAAAUAUUUUGUGUGAAUUAUGAGACCAAGAAAAUAAGGCAUGGGUGUGGGGCAACAAGACUAUGUACACAUGCAUGCAUGGGGCAACUGUUUAAAGGUGUGAAUACAUCUAUACUUAUGAGCAGGUAUGUCAAUGAAGGUGGAUGUGUGCAUGCAUCUUUAUAUGCACAAGGACAUUUUACAAACCUAUGCACAUGCUAGCAACCUAAAGAUAUAAGGACACAAGCAAUUACUUUUGGGUGCCAGCAUACUAUUCAUGCAUACAUGUCUGUGUGAGCAGGUCGCUCUAGCUGACCUUUGUUUUAAAAUUAGAGAACUCUUUCCUUUUUAAAAUUUAGUAAAUGAUACAUUUAAUAACAAUACAAACUAAGAAACCUUUAAUUUAAAACACAAUUCCGACAAAAGGAAUCCAAAUUCAAUCUGGAAGACAUGCAAAACAUUCAAAAAGUGUUAUUAUUAUGGAAGCCAAAAUGGGUACUGCACAUUUUCAUUUGUAUUAGGAAAAUCUCUCAUUACAUUGCAUAACAUUUGGCUUCAGAGCUUAUGUCUGAUGUCUCCUA